AUGCGACUUUUGCUACACGAGACCUCUGGUUACCCCGGCUCAAGCAGGCAGCACUCAAAGGAGAUCAUCAGUGCAAUCGAUGCCCGUCUCUUGCUCACAAAGCCGAGACUGCAGAGCUCGCUGAUGACCAAGUGGCCAGCCACAAAUGACAGAACGCUCGCACCCCUCCCCAAACGUCGACGGAGUAACGAGCGUUUGUCAGAUCUGCAUCAGGGCCAGAUAUCGCCCGCGACUCCUGUCGUCCCGAAUGGAAGACACCUUCAUGAUGAUGUCCUUGAAGCUGCGUCUAGCUCUGAUGGGCAUCACAGUGACGUAUGCGCACAGGCACAUUGCGCAGAAAAUCUUGAGCAUAUAGCUGACGGGCGAUCUGGUGAGCACACUUCGAUGUCGUCCGCACCAAUGUCGGCAGACUCGCCCUCGGCGCUCUAUCCGCCGAUCUUCAGCAUCAUCGAGCCAUGGACAAGAAAAGUCGCGUCACAGACGAGUCUAUUCAAGAACGCGUACGAAAGCCCAACAGAAUCGACUCGCACUUGCUCGCCGCUCGUAGCAGAGCACACAGGAGUAGCUCCACAGGAGUGGGUGAAGCAUCCAGAGGCGCAGUCAAUUUUGCAUGACCUCGCCGCUUCUGUCAGACGAACCCCUUCGACACUGCUGGCGUCGUACAUUAAGGAUCGCUGUGCGGAGUCGGCGGGAGACAAUUCAGAAAGCGCAACUGAACAAGCAGUACCUGCAAUUGAGAUUUCCGCAGCUGAAGCAGAUAUUGGGCCGUCUGAGGACGACGAACACGAGGCCGGAGCUCUCGCACCUGCAAUUUGCGGCGCUUACAAGAAGAGGAAGGUGCCUCUUACGCCUAGCGACGCAGCCUCGGACUCCGACAUCAACUCUCGCACUGGCCUGUCAGAUUCAUCCGACGCUUCGGAAGCUUCCGAUGCCUCCGACGUCGAAGCAGAUGACGAGAGACCCAUCAAAGCGCGCACACGCUCAGCAGAUCUCAAGAUCGAUGGCGUGGACAUGACUGAUAUCGUCCUGAAUCGCUCUGCUCGCGAGUGCGAUCUCAAGGCACUCAAUGGCUGGGACGGCGAAGCGGAAGCAGAACACGAUCCCGAUCGUCCAGCGAUACUGGAUCGCUCUAGAACUACUCGCAAGGUCGAUAUCAGCCAAGGUAUUGGCCUCGAAAUGCUAGCGCUGGUUCGAGGUGCGGCCGUAUCCGCCUCAAUCUCGCGCUACACUGCGGGUGCAAGGCUGCCUCGCUCAUCCUGUCUAUCAUCGUAUCGCAAGUGGCGCAAUCCGUCCCUUCGAAUGGAGCGCGUGGCAAUCAAGGCCGCUCUGGCUUACGAGCCACGCUAUGAACACUCAGCAAGCAUAUCCUUUGGCACUGAAGACGUCGAGCGUGCAAAGGAUAUCCUCGCGGCAGCCCGCAGCUCAGACGGGCUGAGAACGUCAGCAAAGAGGAAGAAUCGCCCGCCUCUUAUCACAAGUGCGGCGCGACCGAUCACAAAGCCACCUGCGAUCGAGCCGACACUCUCGACACUCAAAGCCAUCACUUUGCCAAACUUGUGUGAUACUUCGCAUAGACUGGCUGAGGAGGGCCAUGCAAUGGAUGCAUGGACGCGCUCGCGCAAGCAUGGCUACAUCACCCCGCCUACAUCAGAAAGUGAAGAUGAUCUCAAGGAUGACUGCAAGCUCAUCGCAUUCAAGCAAGUGCCGGCGCCCCAUCUGUCCGACUUCACUUUCGAACGGAUCGCGCCGGCUGCAAUCGAGAUUCGCUCCGAGGAAAUUCGUAGAUGCAUGGCGAAGAUCAGCCAGGCCAAAUUCGUCAUUCGGGAGAGAACCCGCAAGCUUAAAGAACUCAAACAGCUCCAAGAUGCAAAAUCAAAACUGCUCGCUGAAAAGGCAGAGUUGGAAGCGAAUGUCCUGGAACAGGCUCCUCCACCUGCUCGGAUCAUUCGCGCAUCUAUUGGCGUUCAGACAGGCGAGGUUGAUGGCAAGGUCAUCAUUCCGCGCACUUACGUCCCCUUGAUGACGUAUGCGGAAGGCGAGUCAGUCUCCCAAAGGCGAAAAGUGACCAACCCUUCGCCAAAGUGUACUUGUGGCAAGGCGCACUGUGGCAAUGCCGCUAAUGGAGAUGUGAAGCUAAAAUCAGCUGAGAAAGAUCCUUCUGCUACGACCAAAUCAAGGAAAGGCCGUAAGAAGAAGCGUGACAAGCUGGCAAACGCCAAAAACCCGCAUUAUCGUGACAAUUAUGUGCCAUCUCGUACGCGCUCGGCUGGUACACAUGCCGCUUUGUCGAGCAUGUUCAGCGAGAGCACGGGCUCCAUGAAACUGAAGGACUAUCCUGACAGCUCGAUCACACCUCACCCUCAGCUGGGCGCAUCUAAGCUAGUGCCAUGGAUUGCAGGACAAGACGAAUGGAUCUGCUCAAAUUGCGAAUACAAGUUGCUCUACGGGCCUGCAAAGGGCCUGAGCGCGAUCCUGGACGCCCGCAACAAGGUUCUGAAAGUUCGCACGAAAGCUCAAGAGCGUGCUUCUCGCGCGGCCAACGGCAAGGGCCCUACAAAGGGUGACAAGAAGUCCAACAGAUCGAGCAAGAAAGUCGAUAGGGUUGUCAUCAGCGUUGGCACUCAGACUGACGCCUCGUAUGGCGCUCUCGCGUCGCGUGAGCCCGCGAGCGGACCUGGCAAGCAGGCAGAUGUAUGA